GUCUAAUAAGCGACGCUCGAAGAAUUACGAGUCGAAAGUCGAAAGCGCGGUCUCGUCGAGUUCUAUUAAAAGUUUGUUUGGUAAAAAUCUCUGUUUCCCUCCAACUUUUUGAAUCUCUCCCUCUUCCUCUUCCCCCGCAAGAUUCUCUGCUCUGCUGGUUUGCCCUAGAUCUAGUGUUUAGAGUCUCUCGCUCGUAGCUGUGAUGAAGCGUAAGGGAGGACAUAAGAAAGGGAACAAGUCUAAAAAGUCCACCGAACCAGAGACUUUGAAUGAGUCUGUUCAAAACAGCGACUCUGAGCAAAGUUCGGGUGAGUGUGAGAAGAGUAAAACGGAGGUUGAUGCACCUGACAGUUCACCUAGUGUAGAUCCGGUUAAGUCUGUGGGGCGUGUUAAGGUUAAACUGAAGACCUCCUCCAAAGCACUUGAACCUGAUGUUCCCUUGACUACUCCUCAAAAAGAGGAUCCUGUUCCUCCUCGUUUGCCUGAGCGAAAACCAGUUCUCAACGUUUAUAGGAAGAUGAAAGGUAUUAAGAUCAAGUCCUGGAAGGCGGUUGAUGGGUCUAGCUCUGUUUCUGAGAAGCCCCUAGAUGCAGUUGAUAAGGAGACGAAGACGCCUGAUGAGACUUCUCAAGUCAAGAAGCUUGAACCUGAUAGUGCACCCGUUUCUUCUCAGAAGAAGACUGAUAACAAUAAGCAAGAACUGGAAGAUUCUCUUACGGUGGUCAAGAAGAUUAUGAAGAUGGAAGCUGCUGAUCCCUUUAAUGUUCCUGUCGACCCAGAAGCUCUUGGGAUUCCUGACUAUUUCGAUAUCAUCAAGACACCUAUGGAUUUUGGAACAGUAUGCAGUAAUCUUGAAAAAGGCAACGUAUACAUGAAUUCUGAGGAUGUUUACAAGGAUGUCCAGUACAUCUGGAAUAACUGUUCCAAGUACAAUAAGAAAGGCGAUUAUAUCGUCGACCUGAUGAAGCGAGUCAAGAAAAAUUUCAUGAAGUACUGGGCUGCCGCCGGAUUGUAUACUGAGCAAUCUGCAGAGAAUGCUCAAGUAGAGGAUGGUGGAAAUGCAUCCUCCAAAGGUAGUCAAUCCAAGCAGAAGAGCCAGAAGCGCCAUGGAAGGCAUCACAAGAGUGAUUGCAUGUGUGCGGUAUGUAUUUUGAAGAGACGUAAAAGAGAACGUCACAGUUCUCAAGGAAAUUCUGGAGCAGUAGAGGAAUCUUCACCUGUGAGAAGUCCGUCUGUGGAUAAUUCAUCUAUUAAUAUGCGUGAGGAGCAGGACAUGGAUGUUGAUGUCGACAACAAAACAAGACAAGGAAAAGCAGAAAUCGUGGAACUAGAUAGUCCAGUGGCAAAAAGACAAAGAGUUGGUGAAUAUAAAAAACAAAAUGUGGAGGGAGAGGAGACCCUUGAGGUGGAGACUGAAACUAAAACUAAACCUACUGUCGAGGAUAAGACUCAAUCGAUUGAUAGAUCGACAGAAGAGACUGGUGACGAGCCCGUGACUAGUGCUGCCGAGAAAUUGGCUGUUUUAGCUUCUGUUGAAGGCCCAAAAUCAACUCAGAAUGAAGAGGAAGACAAGGCAAAACGACUCCGGGAGCAGAAGGAGCUGCAGGAGUUAGAGCGUAAACAAUGGAGAGCUAAGAUGCAUGAGAAGUUCCAACUCAGAAACCCUCAGCUGCUAAAUCUUUGCGAGACUAUCUUUCCUAAAAGCAACAAUCAAAGUUCUGUCUGGAACGGACCUCACUCACUGUUUAAACGUCCAGAAGGCUCAAAUCGUACUAGUUCCUUGCACAAAGCAGUGGAAGCCUUGAUGAGAAGUAGUAGUUAAGGAUUCACAAUGUAACAUAAGUAUUUAGCUAUCGUUCUUCGCUUUGCCUGUUUAGAUAUGUUUGAUUGAUACAUCAAAUGUCAAACACCAUAAGAUUCUUUUCACUGAAAGCAGAAACAUCAAUUUGUUCAUGAA